AUGGAUUUUGAUACUGUCAAUAUGGUGUAUUUUGAUGAAAUCUUAACAAGCACAAAUACGAUUGCAGUACCGAAUAACAUGGCUCCUGUUGUAUGCUUCUCGAAAUCAUCAUUUCCAAUCUUUUUAGCGCACAUGCCAAUGAAAAAUUCAUUUCAAUCGAGUUGCAGACUACCUGCUGCAGCGGCCUACGUUGCUAACAGAUCUAGAAUUAUAUGUUUCCCUCAAAUAUCAUACUUUGAAUCAAAAAUUUACAAACAUCAAGAUACUCGACAAUUUAUUUUCAACGCAAUCUCUUUUAUCAGCGGUUCAGCUAAGAAUAAUCAGAAAGGUCUUGCUUUAUGCUUCAGCUCAGAUAUAAAUGCAAAAAUUACAAAGUUUUUCUCAAAAUAUCAGUUUAAUAUCGAAUUUGCUAAUUCUUUACCUAGCGAUCUUAGUGAAUUUAAGUUUUUAAUGAUACCAAGCUCUUUCAACCUCAACGCUUAUGCAGAAUCAGUUAAUAAUUUCUUAAAUAACGGAAAUGGCAUAGCUGUCUUCUUUGAUCCAAGCCAAAACUCAGAUUUAUUCAUAGUCAACGAUUACAUAUCAAAAUGCGGUCUCAGUUACGUUCCAAUUUCAGUAGAUUUUGAAACAAAAUUUUUAAGCACGACAACAACCAAUGAUUUCCAAAGUUUAUGCGAAAAUUCAUUAAUACGUAUUAUCCAGAGGUUCAAAAAUGCUACACGCCAACAUAUAAACUACGAUUCAUCUUUCAGAGAUAAAAUUGACGUUUUAAAGUUCCACAUGUUGGCCUGUGGUGUAUACAAUCCAUCAGAAGUUCAUUCCUGCUACAGAUCAUGCUACAAAUACCUCGAAAGAACGAAAUUCAAAAAAGGAUCUUCAUAUUGCCAAACAGAUGUCCAAAGAUGCAUUGCCGAGCUCAUGCUUUGCAUUACAGAGAACAUAGACCCUCACGAAUACCUCAUGCUGCCAGAUAUUGAUGAAUUUCCAGGAACAAUCGAACAAAGUGAGACAAGUUCAUUCGAAAUCACAAUAGAUGUCAAAAAAAAAUCAUGGAGUACAACAGGACUUUGGGCAUUGCCUGGAAUCUGCAUGGAAAUCGAAUUCAAAAAUGAUGAUUGGGAAAAUGUCAUCAUUCAGGUCGGAUCUCAUACCGAAGACUUCCUACAAACAGAUAUUCCAUGGCCAAGAUGGCCAGUUGUCUACAGAACUGUUCAAGCUCAGAAAAAGUUAUCAUUAACGUCUCCUACGGGCGGAAUCAUAUACCUUUACCUCAACGAAGGCGAGAAAAGUAAGUCUGUAUCGGUAUCUUUCACCAACGUCAUUCAAUAUCCCCAUGCAAUAUUAGAUCAACCGACAAUCUGGGAUGAAACGUGUUUUUCGAUGGCCCCGUGGUGCGAGUUUGACUGUGGUAACAUUGUUUUUACUCUACCAACGACGAAAUCCAGAGAAGCCGAUACAGAUUGGCUUUUAACGCAGUAUUGUAAGCUCGUAACGAGUAUUUGGGAUUAUUUCGAGGUCCCUGAUGAAGAGCGAAUCAAGUACAGAGUUGUUUUUGAUAUUGCAUUGUCCGGUGAAGGGCCAACCCUCGGAUAUCCCAUUGUUUUGCUUACUUCCUCGGCUUCAAACAUCAUACAGAAGGUUUCCAAGCCGAACUCAGAUAUUUUCACGCUUACUUCACUCCUUGUCCUCUCGAACAUCAAUGAAGGAGCAUUUUCUCCGCCGAUAGAAACCGCCGUUUCAGCACUUAUUGCGGAGAAGAUCCUUUCUCAGCAUUUCGAGUCUGUGGAACACUUCACGUUCGAUGACAAGGAUGUUUCUUCGAUCUACAACUCACUUUGCGAGUUGCAAAUGGACAGCGAAGAACUGCACAAGGCCUUGAAAGCCGGGUGCAUGGAAGAGAACGGAAAUGGUGACGUAGUCAUCGCAAAACUCAUGGGAAUAGGACCAGGAAAUGAAGAAGAGGAUAAUGGUGAAGAUUCACCUGAAACUGCUUAA